AUGACUUCUCCAAUCACCUUCCUAUAUGAACCCUUCUCUGGAAACGCUGUGACGCAGACCUAUGACGCAGAUUUAAAGUGCCCUAAAUGUGGUGCCUUUUAUACGAUAAAUUGUCCACUGCGAGAACAGAACAUCUGGUCGUGUUUAUUCUGCAAUCGACUCAACCGAAAAGCUAGACCCUCGCUAGUGUCAUCAAACACCUACACACUAUCUUUUGUGAAGCAAAAAACGUUCGAGAGAAGAACAAUUAUAAUUAUUGACACUAUCUGCGGCUCCCAUGAACUGGAUCAUUUAGUUUCCACGCUAUGUAAUAGUUCCAUCACAAACGAACAGGAGCUAUUGUCAUUGGUUAGUAUUCAUCAGUCAGGCCAUGUUAUUUUACACAACGGUGCGAGUCCCAAACAUAAUGCUGUGUUUUCAAUAGAUGAAUUUAUGACCAGAUAUAAUCUUGAUAAACUAAAUACCAGUUACUUCGAGAAAAAAAUGAAAGAGGGCAAACAAGAAUUAUACUGGUUUAAUGGAUCUGCUCACCGCUCUUUAAAAAAAUUGAUAAAGGAAAUUUGCACAACUGCAGGCAAAGCCAAAAUAAGUUCCAAAAGGGGCAAACGUUGUACCGGAUUAGCGUUAUUAGUUUCGUCGAUCCUGGCAUCUCAUUGCAAUUUUUCAGGUUACUGCCAUAUAGUUUCAUUUCUGAGUGGUCCAUGUACAAAAGGUGGUGGUAAAGUCGUGCCAAGGAAACGUGGCGAAAACAUAAGACAAAACCACCACUUUGAAUCUGAAAAUCCACAACUGCAACUGUCCAAAAGUUCGCGAAAGUUUUAUUGGAGAAUGUUUGAGAAAUUUGGAAAGCAAAAUUUAAUCUAUGAGUUCUUUAUAGGUUCACUGGAUCAAAUCGGCAUACUGGAAAUGGACCCAUUAAUAAACUCGUCAAUGGCAAUUUCUCAGUUUGAUUCCUUCGAUGAUGAAAGAUUCGAAAGAUCUUUUCAAAAAUACUUGGGGUUGCGUAACUACAAUGCCGUUUAUAACUGCCAAUCAAAGGUAAUAACGGCAAAGAAAACAUUUAUUGUAAAUGACAUUCUCAAAUAUAGCCUCAACCCUAAAUAUCUUUCUCUACCCGUGGAAUUAUCACUAGAUCGCACUUCAACUGAAGUCCCCAUGCAGUUUCAAACUACUUAUGAAAACCAAAGCGAGAAGUAUGUGAGAAUUGAAACUUUGUUACUCCCGAUGGCCAAUAAUUCAUUCUGGAUUCAAAAUGAAAUUGCAUUCUCAAUGAAAAGAAUGGCUUCACAUAUAAUCCAUCGUUUCACUUACUCAUCCAAGCAUGCUAAUGAUUUGAUGAAGGAAUCGUUCAUAUUAUCGAAUCAAAUCCGGGAAAUAAACAUAGACAGGGCCAAGCUUAUAGAGUGGUAUUAUUAUGUAUAUAAGUCACCAAUACUAUCGGUCAGGAACACCUCGCCCGAUGAAAGAUACUUCUUUCUUCAUCAAAUAGUAAACACUAAUAAAGACACAUGCCUUUCUUUAUGUAAACCAUUUCUUUGGUGCUACAAUGGCAUAAAACACGACUGGAUCGUAUCGGAUAUCCCGCUGACAAGAUCUCAGGUACUUAAAGAUGAUGAAACGACCUUUUGUAUUGAUGGUGGCUCAUACUUUAUUUUAAGGAUGGGGAAGCUUUUCCAAAAGGAAGGUCGCGAUUUCUGUUGCAAACUUUUAAAUGAUUUACAGAGGUUUCCUCAACCAUUAUAUAUCGAAACCAAAAUUGGUGCUAGUCAAGACCGGUUCUUGAAAAGUAAAAUCAUUCCUUUGGAUGCUAAUGACAAGAAACUUCUUGGUACAGAGGACAUGUCAUUCCAAGAGUUUUUCAACUUAGUGACCGAGUCCAAUAGAGGUAGAUAA